UUCUGUGGUGGAGUCAGCACAGAGGAUCCUGCUCCUUCUUUUGAUUCCUCCAUGGUCAAACCUGGUGAUGACAUCAUCACCCUUCACCGUGGCUCUCUGGCGCCACAACAACAGAGUCUCAGCCAGCAACGUCUGCCAGCGCUCAGAGAUGGCGGACGGAGGACUGACGGUCCGCUGCAGCGGACUGAGACUGACACAGGUACCUGUCGGCCUCUCUAACCUGACCGUCCGUCUGUUUCUGGAUAAAAACCUUCUCAGCUCUCUGCCGGCCGGCUCCUUCUCUGAUCUGUCGCUGCUCGAUGAGCUCGACCUGUCGCACAACCAGCUCUCCUCACUGGAAGCCGGUUGUUUCCGCGGUUUGGCGUCCUCGCUUCGCUUCCUGGACCUGUCAUCCAAUCAGUUGUCUUCGUUGGAGCUGGUGGCGCUCGGCGGGCUGCGAGCUCUCACCAACCUCACACGCAACCCGUGGCACUGUGACUGCAGGAUGCAGCUGUCGAUGCCUCAGCUGGAUCUGGACCCGUCAUCUCUCUCUGAAGUCAUCUGUCAAACCUCUGACCUGCCGAACCGCGGAGCUGUUGGGACGCCUCUGCUUCAGCUGCUGGACGACUGGGAUCUGUGUCUGUCUGUGAGAAGAACCACUGAUGUGGUGAUGCUGGUCACCAUGGUCCUCUGGUUCUCCACCCUCAUCUCCUACCUGCUCUACUACAUCCGACAGAACCAGGAACACGCCCGCCAACACAUGGAGUACAUCAAGGCUCUGCAGGGACGCCAGCUGUAGAGGAAGAUGGAGCGCCAGAGCCCAUUUUUGAAAACCAACACCCACCCAUCCUCAAAGCACCAGAACCGACCCGUUACCUGUCAUUAAGUCUAAGUAAAAACCUCACCCGUUAAUAAAAGUCCUGCGACCCUCCACCCAUGAUCAACCCCCCAGGCUCCAGUCCCUCACAUGAAGCCGAUUCUCCGUCUCUUUGACUGGAUGGUGAAAACAUUCAGUCACUGCCAGGUUAGGAAACAUGUUAGCAUGCUCCUUCCACCACCAUCAAACCUCCAAAGGAUCCUCCUUGGGUGUCUUGAACUCCAUGUAGGCUGCCACCUUAUCCUCGGGCUGCAGAGUGUCGUGGCUGGAGAUAUUGUGUUGUUUUAUGUGUCAGAGAAAUUUAUCAUGUUGUUGUUGUAUUAAAAGUUUGGAAGUUACUGGUGAUUUAAUAUUUGAAUUUAAAAGCUGUGAUUUGAGUCAACCUUUAGCUAGCAUGCUAACGCCAUGUGGCAGCAGAACAUGGCAGGGAGCAACUAGGUGAGAAAUGUUCCACAAAUUUUUAAAAAUAAUAGAUUAAAAAAACUAAGGAAAAACCAAUUUAUAAUUAUUAUAUUUACAUUUUAAAAUUAUGUCACAGAAUUAUUUUUUUUUUAUAAAAGCACUUUUUCCAGGUAAUUUUCUUUGUUUUAACUUUUUUAAAUUAAUUAUCUUGUUUUAAAUUUUCUCUUUAAUUUCUUGCAACUUUUUGAGGGAACGUUUCCUCUGUUCGUUGCUCGCUGCCUCCCUCCUGUGUUUGUUAAGAAUUUGGGGACCUGUGGAGUCUCCUCUCGUCUUAUUGGCUCACAGACCUGACGUGAGUUUAUUUAAUGAGAGCAGUUACUUUAAUGUGUCAAUCAUCU